AUGAUUUUUGAUUUAAGUUCAACAAGCAGUUUCACAAGUACACCAUCUCCGCGUAGUCAACCAACACCUCCAACAUUUACCGCACCAAUACAGCUUAUGAAUUUUCAAAGAUUUGGUGAACAACUGGAAACUACAACAGCAGCUAUUCCAACUCCAUCGUCAUCGUCCCGGAGUACAGCCGAUGAUAAAUUAUGUGCCGUAUGUUCAGAUAGAGCCGUUUGUCAACAUUAUGGCGCAAGAACUUGUGAAGGCUGUAAAGGUUUCUUCAAACGUACCGUACAAAAAAAGGCACAAUAUGUAUGCACUGGUAAUAAAAAUUGUACCAUUGAUAAACGUUUUCGUAGUCGUUGCCAAUAUUGCCGAUUUCAGAAAUGUUUAGCUGUUGGAAUGGUUAAAGAAGUUGUUCGGUACGGUAGUUUAUCGGGUAGACGUGGACGAUUACCAUCCAAAACCAAAAUGGCUCAUACCGAUGAACCGGCUAGUCCACCAUUACCGUUGUUAACGCUGCUUAGCAAAACAUAUACAGAUACAAAUGGUUCAUUGGAACAGUUGAUUAUGGUACUGAACGAUGAGAUGACCUUUAUGCAGCAAUUUUUUGCCAAAAUACCAGAUGUUGACGAUAUUACAGUUGCUGAUCAACAAAAUAUUAUUGCAUAUAAUUUCUUUCCACUUAUUGCACUAAAAACAUGUAAAAGGUAA